UCACUUUGAUAGUACCACACAGUUAAUGAUAACAAACUGACAUGAUUUCAAAUUUUACUAUUAGCCUAGUAAGAAGUCGUUUAAAAAAUAUGUCUGUCAUUCCAUUUAUUGAUAUUGGUGCUAACUUAACUGAUCCUAUGUUUCAAGGAAUUUACAAUAGUAAUAAUAAACACAAACAUGAUUUAGACGAUGUUUUAGAACGUUCAUGGAAAAAUGGUUUAAAGAAAAUCAUUAUAACGAGUGGGAGUCUUUAUGAUUGUAAAGAAGCCAUACGAGUAGCUUCAUUACAUGAAAAUCUUUAUUUCACUGUUGGUUGUCAUCCUACUCGAUGUGAUGAUUUUGAUAAAGUAGAAAGCCCAGAAAAAUAUUUCAAUGAUUUGGCUGAUGUAAUUAAAAAUAAUAAAUCUAAAGUAGUAGCAAUCGGUGAAUGUGGAUUAGACAAUCAAAGGCUUCAUUUUUGUUCUAAAAUUGUUCAAGAAAAGUUGUAUUUUGAAAUGCAAUUACAGUUAAGUUUUCAAUUUAAUUUACCAUUAUUCUUACAUUGCCGAGACGCAGCUUCUGCAUUUUUAGAUAUAGUUAGAAAGAAUUCAAAUUUUAUUAAGGCUGGAGGAGUUGUACAUUCUUUUGAUGGUAGUUUAGAAGAAGCCAAAGAGAUGAUUGAUUUUGGAUUUUAUAUAGGUAUUAAUGGUUGUUCAUUACGGACUGAAGAGAAUUUGAAAACUGUUAAAGAAAUACCUUCUAAUCGUCUUUUAUUAGAAACAGAUUGUCCAUGGUGUGAAAUCAAACAAACACAUCCAUCUUAUGCUCAUAUAAAAACUAAAUUUGAAUCUGUAAAAAAAGAAAAAUUUAAAGAUGGCUAUAUGGUUAAAGGAAGAAAUGAGCCAUGUACAAUUAUACAAGUUUUGGAAUGCUUGGCAUCAGUUAGAAAAGAAGAUCCAGUUAUAUUGGGUCAACAAAUAUAUGACAAUACAAUGAAUUUAUUUUUUAGAAAUAAUUGAAAUGCAAAUCAUUGUUAAAAAAAUACAUUUGUUUGUAAAAUAUAAAUUUAUCAUUAUUUGUUA